AACAAAACGAAAAACAGAGAGAAGAGAGAAAAAAAGUAAAAAAAAAUUAAAACAAAAGAAAAAGUUUGUGCUCUCUCUCUCUCUCCAUAGAUUUCUACACAGAGCCAUCUCCGAACCUCCAACACACCUUUCAUCGGAUCUGACUUCUUCCCGAAAACCCACAAUCUGAUUCUUCGAAAUCUUCAAAAAAAAAAAAAAACACGCUUUAAUCCCCCAACAAAGUUUCCAUCUUUGACUUCCACAAAUUCCCCCAAAAACACAAAGUCUGCGCCUUUUGUCUCUGUUUGAUCGAAUUCUCCGGCGAAGGAAUUUUCCGAUGGGAAUGCCUUCGCUGGCUUCUUCUUCUCCAAACAACCAACCAUGAGCAACCACCACCACAACGAAGAAGAGGAAGAAGAUGAAUGCUUCCACGACUCUCUUGAUCGCAUAACCUCUUCUUGCUCCUGCUCCGCUUCAAACUCCGAUUACGACUCCGAAUCCUCCCCUCGCAUCUCCUCCUCCUCCUCCGCUCAUGACCCGGAGGAGCCACGCCGUCGUUACCCAUUCCCCGUCCCGAAGUUUCCAAUGGCUGCUUCUGCUUCUUCAAGGUUCGACCUUUGGAUCUCGGAGCCAGCUUCCGUCUCCGAGAGACGCUCUAAGCUUUUAACCGAAUUGGGUCUCUCCCGCGGCGAACCGGUUCACUCCCGGUUAAAACCGGUUUCCGAUUCUGGACCCUCCUCCUCUGACGUUUUUUCUCGAUCCAUCUCGUGUAAUCAGUUGGUUGGGAGAGAUCAUGGAGAGUGCUCAGAAACUGUCGGCGGCUUUGCUUUGAGAUCGAAGUCAGAUAUUUCGGUUAGCCAAUGUUCUUGUUUAGACUCUAAGCUUUCACAUUGCAAUGUGGGGACAGUUAGUGCUGAUUCGUCAAUGCGGUUAGAAGGGAGUUCUGAUUGUGUGUUGAGAGGGUGUAGUGAGAGUGUAGAAGUGUGUACUAUUAAGAAUCUAGACAACGGGAAGAAGUUUGUGGUUAACGAGAUUCAAGAAGACGGUACAUGGAAACAGGUGAAAGAAGUUGGGACUGAUACGCAGAUGACAAUGGAGGAGUUUGAGAUGUCUGUAGGACAAUCUCCCAUUGUUCAGGAGCUUAUGAGAAGACAAAACGUUGAGGAUUCUGAUAAAAACAACGCAACAACGAAAGCUAAAGAUGAUGAAGAGGGUAAGGAUAGUAAUAAUAACAAUACAUCAAAGUCUAAGAAGAAAGGAAGUUGGUUUAAGAGCAUAAAGAGUGUUGCGAGUAGCAUGACUGGUGGUCAUAGCAAAGAGAGACGAAGCAGUGAUGAUAAAGAUACAUCAUCAGAGAGAGGUGGUCGGAGGUCAAGCUCAGCUACAGAUGAUUCUCAGGAAUCUUCUUCUUUUCAUGGACCGGAGAGAGUUAGGGUUAAACAGUAUGGGAAAUCGUCUAAGGAGCUCACGGCGAUGUACAAGACGCAGGAGAUUCAAGCGCAUAACGGUUCUAUUUGGAGUAUUAAGUUUAGUUUGGAUGGUAAGUAUCUUGCUAGUGCUGGUGAGGAUUGUAUUAUUCAUGUUUGGCAAGUUGUUGAGGCUGAGAAGAGAGGAGAGUUGUUACUGGAUAGACCGGAGCUGUUGCUUUUGGGUAGUAAUGGUUCGCCAGAAGCAACUACUAUGUCACCGAGGAGAAGAGGGAGGACUUCUGUGAGUAGGAAGUCGUUGAGUUUAGAGAAUAUAUAUGUUCCAGAUUCUGUUUUUGGGCUCUCGGAUAAACCGUUUUGUUCGUUUCAUGGACAUUUGGAUGAUGUGCUUGACCUUGCUUGGUCCAAGUCUCAGCAUUUGCUGUCUGCAUCAAUGGAUAAAACAGUUCGUUUGUGGAGCUUGUCUAGCCACACUUGCUUGAAAGUAUUUUCGCACAGUGAUUACGUGACUUGCAUUCAGUUUAAUCCGGUUGAUGAUAGAUACUUCAUCAGCGGUUCUUUAGAUGCAAAAGUUCGCGUCUGGAGCAUUCCAGAUCGGCAAGUAGUUGACUGGUAUGAUCUUCAUGAGAUGGUCACUUCUGCCUGUUACACUCCAGACGGUCAGGGUGCGUUGGUUGGUUCAUACAAAGGUAGCUGUCGUCUUUACAGUGCAACAGACAACAAGCUGCAACAGAAAAGCCAGAUAAAUUUACAGAACAAGAAGAAGAAAGCUCAUCAAAAAAAGAUAACUGGUUUUCAGUUUGUGCCUGGAAGCUCAUCUGAAGUACUAGUCACAUCUUCUGACUCUCGAAUCCGCGUUGUUGAUGGAACUGAUUUAGUUACCAAACUUAAAGGGUUUCGAAACACGAGCAGCCAAAUCUCUGCCUCAAUAACAGCAGAUGGGAAGUACGUAGUAUCCGCAAGCGAGGAUUCAAACGUGUACAUAUGGAAGUACGAAUCCCCUGCUUCUCGACCAAGCAAGAGUAACCACAACCACAACCACAAGAACGUCACAGUUACAAACUCAUACGAGCAUUUCCACUGCCAAGACGUUUCUGCAGCCAUCUCAUGGCCCGGAAUACCCUCAACAGAGUCUUGGGGAGCCACCACCCAAAACACCAACAACAACUUUGACGAAGUCUCCACAGCUAACCAUCCACCCACACCUGUAGACCAGCCAGGGACGACUCUGGACCGACUCAACAGUCCAAGAAACGGGAUCAUUUCGAGCGCAACGAACGGAUACUUUUUCGAUAGAAUGUCAGCGACUUGGCCUGAGGAGAAACUGAUGUUUGGGAGGAACAGAAGUGGGAACCGUCUGAGUACGGAUUUGUCUAACUCAGGGAACGUGUCUGCUUCUUGGGGGAUGGUGAUUGUCACUGCGGGUUUGAGAGGAGAGAUUAGAGCGUUUCAGAACUUUGGUUUGCCCAUAAGGAUUUGAUAUUAUAUAAAAAAAAAAAAAAGAUAAAAAAAGUGUACAGAGUGGUGGUAAAGAAAAAAAAAAAAUCGAGUGAGGUUUGUAAUAUUACUAGCGAGCUUUUUUUUUUCUUCAUUCGAUUUUUUUUUUUUAAUUGUUUACAAGAACAUCGAGAGAACAGAGAGGGAGAAGUAUACUGAUCUUUUGUAGAGUUUACAGACACGAAACAGCUGUUGCUUUCGUUGACC